AUGGCGUUUCGCCAGCUGCGGGGAAAGCAGAAUGGAGACAAUCAACUGCACGAAAACGCCGCAAACACCCCGCUCAGCUGUGUACUCGUAAAAUACCUCCAAGAAGCCGAAGAAGAACUUUCGCGUCGUGAUUUUGGCGGAUCAGUUGCGGGCUUGACUCUUGCCCAUUGCCUCAACCGAUGCCACAUUGACUAUGUGGUCUUGGAAAGGAACAGCGAGAUCGCUCCCCAGGUUGGAGCUUCCAUUGGGUUUCUGCCAACUGGGGCUCGCAUCUUGGACCAGCUGGGGAUCUUCGACUACAUCCGCGACAAGACCACGCCCCUGCACAAUGCAUACUAUUGGACUAAUACGGGUCGUCCGAUCUGUUUCGAUGACAAUAUGAAAGGAACCGCUGAGAGACAUGGCUAUCCAAUCGCCUUCCUCGACCGCCAGCUGUUUCUACAGAUCAUGUAUGAUCAUCUCGAAGAGCAGCAAAAUCGGAUACAUUUAAGCGCAAAGGUAGUCAAAAUCGAGCAUCUUGCAACUAAGGCGGUCGUGCACUGUGCAGAUGGCUCGGUAUUCGAGGGAGACUUGGUCGUGGGAGCGGACGGGGUCCGAAGUAUCGUUCGACAAGAGAUGUGGAAUUAUAUGGACACGCUAGGCUUGAGGAAGGAGGCAGCCCAGGAAAGAGCUGCCAUGACUGCAGAAUAUUCGUGCCUGUUUGGUAUCUCUGAGUUACCACCUGGUUUGGUGACGGGAGACUGCCACCGAACCUUCGCAGAUGACUAUUCUGCUUUAACCGCUGUAGGUAUGGAGGGCCGCGCCUUCUGGUUCCUCUUCGCCAAACUGGAUCAGAAGUACUCGGGUACCCAUGUCCCAAGAUUCAGUCAGCAGGAUCUUGAGAAACAUGCCGCUCGGUUUCGAGAUAUGGCGAUCGCGGCGAAUGUUCCUUUCUCUGCCUUAUAUGAUAGGGUCUUGAGUACGUCAUAUGUUUGCCUAGAGGAAGCCUUCUACAAGCAUUGGUAUGCUGGCCGACUCGCGUGUGUCGGAGAUUCUAUACAUAAGAUGACGCCUAAUGCCGGCCAAGGUGGCAACUGUGCGCUCGAAAGUGCUGCAUCUCUAGCCAACUGUUUGAAGGAAAUGCUGGAUGGCGAUGAGGCCGCUGGCUCGACGUCUGCUUCAAGCCUUGAUGAUCAUCUCCGGCGCUGGCAGCAAGCACGACAGACUCGUGCUAAGAAAAUCACUGAGAUAUCAAAUACAGUGACUCGGCUUGAGGCAGGAGCAUCAUUCAAGGACAGAAUAUUAUCUCGGACUUUACUACCCUAUAUCAACGGCUACCUGCUCAAGGGCGUGGCCAAGCUAUACGCUACCGGAGAAGUGAUUGACUUUUUGCCAUUGCCAGAAAAAGCGUCCAGUUGCACCAUGCCGUAUACGAGAAAUCCCGAGGACGAUACCGGCUCACUUAUCGGACGAGUGCUGGCUUGUGCCCCUCUUCUAGCAUGCUACGCGUAUGCCAAUAUCUCGUUGGAUACUUUGCUUGCGGGGUUCUUCCCGUAUAUCGGAUCGCUUCUUCAAAGUGGCAGUUGGAUUUCGAGCACUGGAGAGGCUCUGAGUCUAACUGAGCCCAUUUACAACAUUCCAUUGCUGGACAAGAUCUUUGGAGUACUGGUCGCCUGUUUCCUACCAUCUAUCAGUGGCUCAGACGUUCUGUCCCAUGCGCAGAUGUUGUCUUUCAUGGCAGAUCUGUGUCCGAUCUACGGCAUUUGGCUUCUGGAGAGCGGUCGACAAGCCCACUCUUGGGCAGAGAUUGCAUUUCCAACCGCUAUGGGAGCAGCAUUUCAGUUCAAAGGAAUCGGGAAGAUUGCUCCUAUCUAUUACAUGAUCGAGCAUCUACGCACUCCACUGAGCAAGCUCCUUAAUCGCCGCCAUGAAGUCAGAUCAGAUAUGCUGGGUUCCUUCCUCCCUACUAUGCUCACGGCAUACUACCUUCCGACGUUAGGAAAUUUUCUCCCUCGGGAAAUAAGAAAUCGCCAAUAUUUCAAUGCUAUUUGGCAGCUAUUCCCACUCACGGUUCCACUCCUGCAAGCUCCUUUCCGUCUCUUGGAUAAUGUGGCGUCAGAACCGGCAGAAGAGUUAUCAAAGGAGCAAGGAGACAAACAGGUCAAGCGUCGCUCGAAGAAGACGCUGCGGUACAUCCGCGCUAUCUAUCUGUCCUUUGCCGUCAUUUCAGGGCUUAGCUUUGCUUAUGCUCGCCGUACUCUCCCUGCGGGGUCUUCUAUGGCGAGUGUCAUUGUUCCCGGUCUGUGGGAUUAUACCUUGCCUGUCGGCAGCUUUACAGAUGGUAUUACGCGGUUCCUCAAGUACGAUGAGACCCUCGCCAUGGCGAGUGGGUUUAUCUGGCUUGGAUUGAAGUAUCAAGAGCUGGAACGGCAUGGAUAUCCGAUGCCUUGGUGGAAGGUGAUCGUGGGCAUGGCGGCCACCACUGCGGCUUUCGGACCGGGGGCUGCGAUGUCGUUGGGCUGGGGAUUGCGCGAAGAGAUACUGGCCAGGAUCGCUGAGUAGGUUGUCUUGUCAAUGGUGUAUUUUGAGGAGGAAUGCUUAGCAGGCUUGGUUGGACUCCAAGGUGGUCGUGAAUGCGUGACUGGAUGCCCG